CACUCGCCAAGCUUUCUCAGCUCUCUUCUCCAUCGUAAACAACGAACGCACGGGAGGCACCAAAAGAUAAAAAAGAAACCAGAAAACAGAAUCGAUUUCCCCAAAGUUUGAGUUUUGGGUUUUUUAUAAUUCGAGAAUUGUCGACAUAAUAGCUCUGUGUUUUUGUAUUGAUUCAAUUAUUUAACUUUUCUUUUCUUUUUUGGGUUCAAUGGAUUCCACCAUUAGAAUUGGUUCAUCAAUUGUUUUUCCCAUUUCUUCUUCUUCACCAAAAUUAUCAAAUCUACGGAGGAAAAAUAAGAUUGAAUAUGGGUCUCGAUUCGGUGGAAAUGGGUGCAUCUCUGCAAUCACUCAUAAUGGCUCUGUUUCUCCCUCUGCUGCUUCUCAUGGGGAGUCAAGUUCAGUGGGAGGUGUGCAUAGAAGAAGAAGCAGUCUUGAAUCUACGUUUCGUUAUGACAAGCCUAUACCAGAGGAGAGAAUUGAGGAGCCUGUUGGUAUUUCAUUGGCUGAAAAAGUAAUUGGAGAUAAUCCUCGGUGCACUGAUUGCCAAGCCAAAGGCGCGGUUCUUUGCACCACUUGUGCUGGUUCAGGCUUAUAUGUUGACUCUAUAUUGGAAAGUCAGGGCAUCAUUGUCAAGGUCCGGUGCUUAGGUUGUGGUGGAACCGGAAACAUCAUGUGCUCAGAAUGUGGUGGCCGAGGUCAUGUUGGACUCAAAAUCACAUGCCUUUUAACAUCAAUUGAUGUUGCCCUGGUCUACGUGGUGUCUGGUGCAAAUAUUCAAUCUAAAACAAUGAAUCUGUACUCAGCAAGCGAGAUGAAGUCCCCAUGAUUGUUAAUCUCCGUAUCUCUGGAACUCUUCAAGGCGAAAUAGAAUAGCUGGGUCAAGCCGCGAGUUCUGUGGGUUCUCUGUGUAAGCAAUGUAGUAAGCUGAAACACAUGAUUGUAGCCAUGCCAUUUCUAUCCGACACUGCAAGCAAAAAAAUUGUCUAUCAGUUUCUGAGUAUUGUCGUAAGAAAUGUUUCCUGUUUUGAAGGUUGCUGAUCUCUUACCAUGAAGUAGCCAAUCAGGAAUGCAUAGAUUGACACUUCUGUAGCAUAGCUCUUAUGAACUGCAAAUGUCCAUGCUCCUCCAACUAGCGUGCAUAUUGCACCUCCUGCCAUCCCAGAGAGAAAACAGAAAGACCCUGUCAGAUCUCUGUCAAUUAUAGGUUCCAACCCAACUUUCUUCAGCAUCUCCCAUGUAUCCAUGGAUGCCUGCACAAACCCCUUAUUAUAAACCCCUACUUGCACAAGACCCCACCGAUUCCCAUAGUUAACCAGAGUCGCAGCAACAGCAGCAUAACAAUUAGCGCAGGAAAACAAGAACUCGUCUGUGCCCCCCGCAAUCAAACUUAUCGCUCGGGCUGAACCGUGGACUACAGUAAUAAUCGGCACAAGGACUGAGCUGAUGCACACAUUUCCCAUUGAGUAUUUGAAUGUGUCCCGUAAAGCAAUUCGCAAGUCCAUAUCUACUCCAUAUGCAAAGUGUAGGUAUUUGACGCGUGCAAUUGUAACUUGCAACGUGUUUCUUAUCACUUGCGUGCUCCAUGCCAGGCUCGCAAGGAUCGCUAAAAUGAACAAGGUGUCCGUUACAGUUCCAACUGCAGUGGCCCCGCCAAUACCAGAUACCAAGAAACAGGAAUACACAGUGCCUGUGAUGAUUGAAAGAUUGACCACUGUUGUAGUCUUAGCUGGAGGGGAAGUAGCAGCAAUUGAUAAAACCUUGGUGGCAUAAUCGAAUCGAGGAUUCACCCAACAAGUAUAAAGGGAUAGGAUCAGAGCAAGAACUAUUGCAAUUACGCCUAUUGUUAAACCUGCAGCAGAGCCUAUUAGUACAAACAGCACGCCAACUGCACAGGUUAGCAAGGGGCUAAGCCAGAAGGCUGUUCUCAGUGCUCUUGAAGGGUUGCAGAGAGUGAACCAUUGCCAUGUGAAAGCCACAAUUCCAGCGCAUCCUGUUGCAGUAAGGAGUGGAGGAUACCACUUCUUGGGAUGAAAAUGGUGGCUGUGGGCAGAGAGUAGGCCACGGAUGGUGAGGCAGAUUACUAGGAUGGCGAUUAGGACUAUGUGCAAAAAAAAAAGGACUCGAAAGAGCCUCUGGACUAUUAGCCCCGCCACCAUUGCGGUUUCAAGCUGGAUGCUUGAUUCUUCAACCUGCAAAAAUAUUAACUAAGCCAGUUGGUAGAUAAGUUACUAAGUCAACUCAUUGUAUCUGAUGCUCAAGAACUAAAAAAUGAAUGAUAGUACUCUAAAGAAAGGAAUAAUUAGCAAGAAAUAAAGAAGCAAGAAAAGGAAAAUGAUCAAAUGCCACCUAUAAGAGGAGGGGGGGGCUUGCUGGUGACGAAGAAAGAUGAUAAACCUUGGGGAUUUUGAGACCCUUUUGACGUAGAAGGAGAAUGGAGGAAGAAAACAGAAUCAAGAGCUUGAUUUGAGAGAGGAAUGGAGAUAGAACCUGGUUGGGGAUUAUGUAUGGAAGUUUUUCCUCUUGAACUUGAAUGUGGAAGUUCUGCACGUUAAUAACUGUAACUGCAUCAUUAUUCAUUUCCUUGGAUCUUUUCAUUGAUGGCUAUUAAAUUUUACACUCAAA